AACGUAAGAGUGCUUAAAACGAAAGCUCUUGCAAAUUAUUUUGUAUUCCCUCUGUCAAUGGCGUUGAAGAAGACAUUAGCUGAUCGUCUUUUCAGCCUUUCAAAAAUCUCGACUCAGGCGCUAACCAAUUGCCGCAUUUCAACCACAUCAACAACCACCCGGAUUUCUCAAAACGCGGCCAAAUCUAACAUUGCGCCGGAUCCCGGAGACAAUGGUAUCUUCCGGAGGUUUCUCCACAAGAGAGCCAUUCUUCAACCGAAAUUAUCAUCGAUCGGAGGGGAGAGUCUUAUGGAGAAAUUGAAAACAAUCGACAUUGCUAAAGAUAGGAUCCGACUGGACGGUUUGAGUCCACCUCCGAGUUUGGAGACGGAGAAGGCGGAGAGUUUGUCUGUGAAGGACGCUAGGAAGUUGCUGAGGGCGUUUCAUAUUGAAGUCGUGAAAGAGAAACUGAGAACGAUCGAGCAGCCUUGGAUACCGUAUUCGGAGUUUGUUCGUGUCUGCGAAGAGGCCGUUUCGGAUCCGAAUCAGGGAUUGCAGUUUGCAAAAUUGCUUGACGAAUCAGGAAACGUUAUCGUUUUGGGAAAUGUUGUAUAUCUUAGACCUGAACAGGUAACCAAAGCUAUUGAGGGUCUAAUACAUGUCCCAGAGGCCAACUCAAACGACCCGAGAAGAAAGGAAUUUGAAGAGUUGGAGAAGCAGAAAGCCGCAAUAGACCAAAAGGCAGACUUCCUGGUUCGUCGUGAACUGUGGUGUGGACUUGGCUACUUGGUAGUCCAAACAACAGCAUUCAUGAGGCUGACGUUUUGGGAACUCACAUGGGAUGUAAUGGAGCCCAUAUGUUUCUACGUUACUUCCAUGUACUUCAUGGCUGGGUAUGCAUUCUUUCUCAGGACAUCUAAAGAGCCUUCUUUUGAAGGCUUUUACCAGAGCCGGUUCACCGCCAAGCAGUAAAAACUCUUCAAGCUUCAUAAUUUUGAUGUUGAGAGGUACAAUGAGCUACAAAAAGUUUUCCACCCGCAACCACCAUCAUCAGUCCAAACCUCAUUUCAACAUCAGAAGAUGAGAUAAUAAAAAAUUAUCGAUUUACAAUAGUUAGACAUACAGAAUUGACAAUUUUGUUUAACCCAUACGUGGGUGCGGCUGUAUGUAAACCUAUUGCUGAGACUUUUUUUCUUAAAAUCUGACAUUUAUGAUUUAUAUAGUAGUUAGUUAUGUAA